UCUAUGCGCACUACAAAUUGUAGUCUAGCGGGUUGCAUUGGCAGCAAGAGCGAGUAUGUGUGUCUUUAGAUGCCAUCGCGAAAUGUGAAAAAAUUUGCAAAAUAUUUUGGAAAUUAAACAAGCCCAUGCCAUCGCGAGAGGCACGCCCACGCUCCUGUGUCUUGUCUAGGUCACAGUGGGCCUGAGCCUCCGUAGUUCCGUGCUCCUCCAGUGUCCUUGCUCACCCGCGCCACGCCCAGAGGGGGGUCUUAUCUAGGGCCUCGAUUCGACUCGGGAAAAGCACAUGGAGAUAGAGUGGCUAAUAAGGAUAACUAAAACAGGUGUGAUCAUGCAUAAUCAGAAGCUAACUAAAAUUGCAACAAGUGUUUUUUUUAUACUUCCAAUCUGUAAUAUUUGUAGAUCGAGCUCAUCAUCUUGAAGUGGCAACAGGUGUUCAUAUUCUAUCCAUGAGGCACCAAUGUUAAUUUCAUCUAGUUCAAACAGAAAUAGCGCUCUGAUUUAGAUGCAAACUGAAAGCACAUCCUACAUCUAUCCAGCGUCCUACUAGCACUUGUAUCGCGAACUAGUAAAAUUACAAACUGAAAGCACUUGUAUGAUACGUAUCUCAGUACAAAAUCCACCCAAGCAGGAGAUGAAGAACAAUGCUGCAAAAGUGAUAAUGAGGGUUCAGGCUCCUCUAAUAUUUCAGCUUGAAUUGACCCAUUAAUUUGCGAAAGUAUAUAGCAUAGGUUUAAGUGCAAAAUAGGCCCAAUGGGCUAUGUCCACUGUCCACCACACGGCCCGCGACCUCGUCCGCGACUCCUCGAGUCUUUCUCCUGCACUGGCGUCUGGACUCUGUCUCCCACCUCAGAUCCGGCCGCUCGCCGCCGGUGAAGGCAAGACUCGAAGUUCUCCGUUGGGCACGGCGCCGUCCUCUGCUGGCUUUACCUCCCAGCCAACGAGGCCCCAGCUGUGAGAAAGGGACGACAGGUAAGGGCUGUUCAGCAAGAUACUGUAGCGAGUAAAAAAGAACUGCACCUCCGGUUAGACGAACGUGCCCCGCACCUUCUUGUUUUCUUUAGUGAUGGAUGCUUCUCACCUACUGACACUUGAAUUUUUCGUAUUUUUCAUUGCUCUAAUUCCAUGACAACGACAGGAAGGACCCAAAUCGUCGUUGCUAUACUUUUCGUGUUUCAUUGGCGGCUAUCCUCACUUAGUACCACGACAAUGAAAGGAAGGGCAAUAAGAUUCCAUCCAUAUCCGCUUUGCCCAAUUCCACUCAUUCGUUCAUCCACAUCCACUUUGGCCACUUCCCCUGCUACAGUGCGCUUCUUUCUGAGGAACGCGUUCCUGAGAGCUGCAAGUGCAGCAAUGGCUGAAUUGGUAACCAGUAUGGUUAUCGGGCCGCUGGUCUCCAUGGUGAAGGACAAGGUGUCCAGCUACCUUCUUGAUGAGUACAAGGUGAUGGAAGGUAUGGAGGAGCAGCGCGAGAUCUUGGAGCGCCAGCUGCCAGCCAUACUACAAAUCAUCGAUGAUGCAGAGGAGAAGGGUGCACAGCCAGGAGUAGGUGCCUGGCUCAAAGCACUCAAGAAGGCAUCCUAUGAAGCAAACGAUGUCUUCGAUGAGUUCAAGUACGAGGCACUUGCUCGAGAAGCCAGGAAGAGGGGGCACCGCAAUACGCAUGGCAUGGAUGUUGUAAGCCUCCUCCCUGCUUGUAAUUCCAUUAUGUUCCGCCGCAGGAUGGGCAAGAAGUUGCAGAAGAUUGUGCAAGACAUAGAGGUCCUGGUAACGAAGAUGAAUGACUUCGGUUUCAGCCACAGGCCACAAAAAAUAUCAGAGAUGCCAUUGCGGCAAAUGGAUCACGUCAUGAUUGACUCCGAAAAAGAUAUUGUUAGCAGAUCCAGAACUCAAGAGAAGAAGAAGAUUAUGAAGAUAUUACUUGACCAUGCUAACAAUGAUGAUCUUCUUGUUCUUCCUAUUGUUGGAUUGGGUGGACUAGGCAAGACCACCUUUGUGCAGCUAGUUUACAGUGACCCUGAAAUAGAGAAGCAUUUUCAAUUCUUGAAGUGGUAUUGUGUGUCAGAUGAUUUUGACGUGGGUAAUAUUGCAAGAAGCAUCUGCAAUAGCACAAAAAAAGAUAGUGAAAAGGUACUGCAAGAUCUCCAGAAAGAACUAAGCGGAAAGCGGUGCCUCCUCGUUUUGGAUGAUAUAUGGAAUCAGGAUGUCAACAAGUGGGAAAAGCUGAAAACCUGCCUUCAGCAUGCUGGCACAGGUAGUGCAAUACUGACCACUACACGUGAUGCGAAAAUAGCUCAAAUUAUGUCUGGAAAGUCUGGAAAGAUCCAUAAUUUGGAAAAUCUAGAUGACGUACAUCUAAAGGAAAUACUUGAGAGAAGAGCAUUCAUUCUGCAGAAGCCAGAAUUUGCUAGGCUGGACGACAUUGUUAAUGAAAUCGUUAAGAGAUGUGCUGGCUCUCCUUUAGCUGCCAAAGCCAUAGGUUCCAUGCUGAGGACCAAGACUAGCAAAGAGGAAUGGAUGGUUGUAUCAAAGAAAAGCAGCAUUUGCAAUGAGGAGACUGGAAUUCUACCCAUACUCAAGCUCAGCUUUGACAACUUACCAUUUCACAUGAAGCAGUGCUUUGCAUUUUGUGCUGUGUUCCCAAAAGAUUAUGAGAUUAAUGUGGACAAUUUGAUCCAGCUGUGGAUGGCUAAUGACUAUGUACCGGUUGAGGAGGAUGUCCCUCUUGAAACAACCGGAAGACAUAUUUUCAACGAGCUAGCUUGGAGGUCAUUUUUUCAGGAUGCGUUGGAGGAUCAAAACUGGAGUCAUUUUCGUAGUAUUAAGACGUGCAAGAUACAUGAUCUUAUGCAUGACAUUGCCCUAUCUGUUUUAGGUGAAGAAUGUGCAACAAUCACCAAUAGGUUCGAUCAGAAGAAGUUAUUAUCAAAGCACUGUCGGCACUUGUUCUCGUCGUAUGAUGAGACCGCUGCUCAUCUGAUUGCUUUUCUGAAGAAACAAGCUCCAACUCUCCAGACAUUAUUGUUGCCUCUAUAUGCAGACUGGACGUCACAUAUGCCAAAGUACAAUUCUCUGCGAGCAAUAAGAUAUCCUAGGAGGUCAGAAUUUAAAAUCAGAUCAAGGAAGUUGCAACACCUAAGGUACCUUGAUCUCUCAGGAAAUUGGCGGAUCAAACAACUUCCUGAAGAAAUAAGCAUCAUGUAUAAUCUACAGACCCUGAAUGUUUCCGGCUGUAAGAAGCUUUGUCGACUUCCAAGGGAUAUGAAGUAUAUGGCAAGCCUCCGGCACCUAUAUACUGAGGGAUGCACAUCAUUGAAGUGCAUGCCUUCAAACCUUGGAGAACUCACUUCUCUGUGUAUUCUCACAUAUUUCGUGGCUGGUGCUAGUUCUGGCUGCAGUACUAUUGGAGAAUUGCAAAACCUGGACCUUGGUGACAAACUGAUGCUAAGCUAUCUGGAAAAUGUAACAGAGGCACAAGCAAGAGCUGCUACUCUUGGAAAUAAAGAGAAACUCAGGCAUUUAUCUCUUGAAUGGAGUAGUGAAUGCCACGAGGAACCAGUAUCAGAUUGUCAUAAGAAGGUAUUAGAUGCCCUUAAACCUCAUGAAGGGUUGGAGACACUAAGGAUACAGGGUUACAAAAGCACUUCUUUACCAACAUGGAUGAAAGAUCUUAGUUUCCUGCAGAAGCAUUUGACGGAGCUCCGUCUAGUUGGCUUUACAGUGUGUGAGGAAUUUCCUCAAUUUAGCCAUUUUGAAGCUCUUCAGAUUCUUCGUUUAGAAGGACUGGAGAAAUUAGAAAGCCUUUGUAGCAACGAGGCAUCCUUGACAUUUCCAAAACUUAAAAAACUAAAGUUACUUAGUCUGAAGAACAUGGAAAGAUGGGUGGCAGCUGAAGGGAGAGAGGGAGAAGUGGCGUUUCCUCAGCUUCAAAAACUUGUUAUUCAGGACUGUCCAAAGCUGGUUACUCUACCUGAAACCCCAAAUCUCAAGGAUGUAGUUCUUGAUGAAGGCAAAGCACAGCUAUUGCUGCUAAUAGCUAGAUGUGGAUACAUGUCUUUGCUGUCAACACUAGAACUGCAUGUUCGUGAUAAAGAAGCAGCACUUGAGCUAGACAGUGAGAACGUGGAGUCACAUCUAUUAGAAUUGACGUUAAAUGGGUGCGACUUUUUCUUCCUCCCAAGUCCAAGGCAGCCUACAUUUAUGAUCUGGAGAUGGUUCGGAAAACUUGUUUCUUUGGAUAUUACUGGAUGUGAUGCGCUCAUCUACUGGCCUGAGGUUGUAUUCCAAAGCUUGGUAUCCUUGAAACGUUUAUACGUUUCUAAGUGCCAUAAUCUAGUGGGGCCCACACAGGUAAAAUGUGAGCCAGCACCAACAACCAGUCAGGUCCUGCCACGCCUAAACGCUUUAUCUGUAAAAGAUUGCCAAAACCUGACAGAGCUCUUUGUUCUUCCCCCGUCUAUCACUAGCCUCCAAAUUUGGUCUUGUGAGAAAUUGGAGUUCACAUGGGAGGAUACAAAAUCGAAGAGUGUACGUGUGGAGCAGCUUGGCACGAGUACGUCGAUGGAAAACUGUGCAUCCACCAGUGUGCCAAAGCAACCGGCAACGCCAGCACAAACAAACCAUCCUCUGCCUUGCCUGGAAUAUAUAUUCAUAGUUGACCUGGAUAGCCUGGUAACACUCCCAAAUCUACCACCGGCCCUCAAGGCGUUAAGUAUCUUAUCAUGUGAGAAGCUUUGUUUUGUGUCAGGGCAGCUGGAUGUGCUUGAGCAUUUGGACAUUUCUGGCUGCAAUAAGUUGCAGUCACUGAAUUCCCUGGGAAACCUGCCAUCAUUACAAAGCCUCACUCUUGACGGGUGUAAAAGUUUGAUCUCCGUACCAGGUGCUGUUGGAAGUUAUUCAGCUCUGCAGAGACUUACCAUCAAAUAUUGCCCAGCCAUAGAUACGAAAUCCCUUUACAAACAACACAAGCAGCGCCUUGACAACCUUGAAGAAAGGGACUUGUCACAUGCUCAUUCAAGCGAUCCCCUUAAAGAAACUAGUUUACAUUCAGGGCCUAAACUGAUGAACCCAAGAACCUGGAAGUAUGCUAUUCCUCAACGUUGGCGUUAAUGGUACUGGAGUCCCAAAUACAUAUUGUACAUGUUACAAAAGGAAUGAUCCCAGGUGCCAUCAAUGAAAUCAUUGUCUGUUACUUAUUGAUGCAAGAUUCCAGGAAUGAGCAUGGCGUUUUAGACCUUUUAGAUGCAAGAUCCGACAAAUUGAAGCUACUUGGAAACCCUUAGCUGUCGAGAAGCAUACCCCAAGUUUCACAGUCGUUGAAGGUUAAUCUGAUCGCACACACACGCACGUUUAUAAGCACGUAGACAUAUGCUCAUUUUCUGCUCUUUUCAUGCCUUUUUAUGCUCACGUAGACAUUAUGGCGAGCAGAAUGCGCACGAGGUUGUGGACUCAUACUAUACUUUGUAUUAGUGCUCAUUGUUUCAUUAGUUAAGACUUAUUAAGGGUACACAUUGUUGCAUUGUUGUAAGGAUAUCUGGUUGUAACUUUGUUGUGAGUUAUGAUUUCAAAGCUUGUGCGGCUAUUGCCUAUUGGCAUGAAACCUGUCUUGUGAAAGAAACUGAAAGCAUAAGGCACAUUGCCGUGACCCUGUA